ACACACACACCACACAGAGAGAGAGAGAGAGAGAGAAGCUGUCUGUGAAGCCACACAGCCACCAUGUCCUUCAACGACUCCUUCCCUGCCCUUGAGGACGAGCUCCCAGUUGACAACCUCUUCCUCUUCGAGAUCGCCUGGGAAGUGGCCAAUAAAGUGGGUGGAAUCUACACUGUCAUUCAAACCAAAGCUAAGAUGACUGUGGACGCACUUGGCGAGAACUAUUUCCUGAUUGGACCGUACUUCGAGAACAGCGUCAGGGCUCAAGUGGAGCUGAUCGACCCACCCAUCCCGUCCAUUAAACGCACCAUCGAUUGCAUGAACGCCAAGGGCUGCAAGAUGUAUUUCGGCAGAUGGCUGAUUGACGGCAGUCCCUAUGUAGUGCUGAUAGACAUCAGUGCCUCGAGCUGGAUGCUGGAUCAGUGGAAGACUGAGCUGUGGGACACGUGCAAUAUAGGAAUCCCCUGGUUUGAUAAGGAGGCCAAUGAUGCUGUUCUGUUCGGAUUUCUCACUACAUGGUUUCUGGGAGAAUUCAUCGCUCAGUGUGAAGACAACCCCUUCAUCCUGGCCCAUUUCCACGAGUGGCUGUCAGGAGUCGGACUCCUCUUGAGUCGCAUCCGGAAGCUUCAAUUGGCGACAAUCUUCACCACCCACGCCACGCUGCUGGGGCGCUAUCUCUGCGCGGGGAACGUCGACUUUUACAAUAACCUUCAACGUUUUGAUGUUGACAAGGAGGCGGGGACGAGGCAGAUUUACCACAGGUAUUGUAUGGAACGGGCUGCCGUGCACUGCGCACACAUCUUCACCACGGUAUCUGAAAUCACAGCCAUGGAAGCACAGCAUCUGCUGAAGAGAAAGCCAGAGGUGGUGACACCCAAUGGACUGAACAUCAAGAAGUUUUCAGCCAUGCACGAGUUCCAGAACCUGCAUGCCCGCAGCAAGGCCGUGAUCCAGGAGUUCGUCAGAGGCCACUUCUACGGAUGUCUGAACUUCAACCUGGACAAGACGCUAUUCUUCUUCAUUGCUGGAAGAUACGAGUUCUCAAACAAGGGGGCUGAUGUGUUCCUGGAAGCCUUGGCACGUCUCAAUUACCUGCUCAAGGUCAACCAGAGCGACGUGACGGUGGUGGUGUUCUUCAUCAUGCCCGCGAAGACCAACAACUUCAACGUGGAAACACUGAAGGGCCAGGCAGUGCGCAAGCAGCUCUGGGACACGGCCAAUGUGAUCAAGGAGAAGUUUGGCAAAAACCUUUAUGAGUCGCUCUUGGUAGGUGAGAUGCCUGACAUCAAAAACAUGCUGGAUCGGGAGGACUUCACUCUGAUGAAGAGAGCAAUAUAUGCCACUCAGCGCACCACAUUGCCUCCCGUCUGCACGCACAACAUGCUGGAUGAUUCCAACGACCAGAUCCUGAAAGCCGUCCGAAGAAUUAGAUUGUUCAAUAACGCAACUGACCGAGUCAAGAUCAUCUUUCACCCAGAGUUCCUGUCAUCUACCAGCCCGCUGCUCCCUCUGGAUUACGAGGAGUUUGUGCGUGGCUGCCAUCUGGGCGUCUUUCCUUCCUAUUAUGAACCGUGGGGAUACACUCCUGCGGAGUGUACAGUGAUGGGCAUCCCCAGCGUCACCACAAAUCUCUCUGGGUUUGGCUGCUUCAUGCAGCAACACAUCGCAGACCCAGCCGCCUAUGGCAUUUACAUCCUCGAUCGGCACGUGAAGUCUCUGGAUGAAUCGUGUAACCAGUUGACCUCGUUCAUCUACAGCUUCUGUCAGCAAACCCGGCGUCAGCGCAUCAUCCAGAGGAACCGCACUGAGCGUCUCUCAGACCUGCUGGACUGGAAGUACCUGGGGAGGUAUUAUGUCCACGCGAGGCAGAUGGCUUUAGCCAAAGCUUAUCCAGAUUCAUUCACAUCCACUCUCUGGGAGCCUGAAGUGAGUGAAGGUUUCUGCUACCCCAGACCCGCCUCCAAACCCCCGUCUCCCGCCACCUCCCUCCACUCCAGCCCCUACCACAGCGAGACCGAGGAGGAGGAGGACGAGCGAUACAAUGAAGAGGAAGAGGCGGAGAAAGACAGGAAGAACAUAAAGCCAAUCACUAGCAUCACUCGGCGAUCAGGGAAGAGACACGUGAGGAGGAAUGGGUCUGACUCGUCGCGAAGCCUUACCUCCAGUGAUGCUGAGAAUCACAGUGACCAGGACACUGUGGAGUGAGAGUGUGCAGACUAUCCCGGGAGGAGCUGACAGUCAACGAGCACAAACUCAAGUGACUCACAUGAAAACAGAUCUACACAGCGGCCUUUGUCACAGAGGAAAGUGAGUUAACGUUUCAGUUAAAUGACUUUUCGUCAGAACUCUAAUUCUGACGAAAGGUCAUCAACCUGAAACGUU